AUGUACGAAAUUCAAGAUGUGCCAGGAAAGGGAAAGGGUCUUGUUGCUACUCAAGCCAUCCCAAAAGGCACCCGUAUCCUCUCCGAAAAACCCAUCAUUACGGUACCUGAGCACACGGCAAUGAGCAGUGAGCAGCUCGCGACACUGAUCUCGAAGCAAGUAGAUGCUCUCAGUAAAAAUCACCAACAGGAAUUUCUGGCCUUGCGCAACAUUUAUACCUUCAACGAUGUUGGGCAAAAAUAUCUUGGAAUUAUUCGAACGAAUGGCUUGCCAGCUAGUGAUGGCGAGGCUGGGAUCUUCCUCCAAGCAUGCCGCAUCAACCAUGCUUGCGAUAACAAUGCACAGAAGAACUGGAAUGAAAACAUUAAACGACACACAGUCCACGCCUUGAGAGACAUCGAGAAAGGGGAGGAGAUCACGAUAUAUUACAUGGGCGCGGACUGGGAUCGCGAGACCCGAAUUUGGAAACUCCAGGAACAGUUUAAAUUCAUCUGCUCUUGCGAUUUAAUUCGCCAAGGUGGUUUAAUGGGAAUUUUGUCGACCCCUCUCCAAAAGCUUCACUACGUGGACCAGCAAGUGCGACUCUACAACGAGCGAUUUCCGAAUGGCAGGGGCUUGGCGCGGGCCUUUCAUUCCGCCGCACAGAUUGCUAUCGCUCACGGUGACUUCGCAAGGGCUCAAAUCUUUGUUGACCGAGCCCUAGAUGGACGGAUCUGUGCCGAGGGCGAUGAUACCGACGAUGUAAUUGAGCUCAAGGCUCUGGCACAUAAAGUAUCGCAAGAUGAGCUGGACGGGUUAUCGAUGAAGUGGAAAACAGCCGUGAACGACGUUCCCCAUGGCCUUGACCCAGCUGACUUGGAGGACUGGCUUUGGCGCAGAGAAAAGCCGAGACAACCAGGGCAGUUGGCUGAUCUUAGAGACCGGACAACCUUUCCUGCAUUUCCUGGCCUCCCACACGACGAGACAUACUACUUUUACGAUCCCAACGAGCUGGCGGGCCAUUCGCGACGUAAUUGGUGCUUUUUGGCGGAAAUCCAGCGUGUAACUGCAUUGAUUCGUCUGCAUUUCGAGGUCAAAGAUGUUGAUGGAGAGACACUUCCAUUGUUUUUUCACACUGAUAGUCGGGGAAUGGAGCUGGAACGAGCACGGGUGAAGGAGGGCUUCACGGUGGCAGUUCUACAAGCGAAACAGCACUCGUUUGCGUUUGACAGACCUGGAAUUCGCCACGAGCAACCUUCGCGGAUUAAAAUCUUCCCCGUAUCUCUUGACAAGCUGAUGGCAUUGAGCGAUCGAAUCCAACAGUUCUCGGACUGCCAAGUUGCUGGAUGGAACAAGAACGGACACAAGGCUGAUUGCAAACUUCUCAAGGAUGAGGACCUUCGGUCAUUGUUUACCACUGACUGGGACAAGUUCGAGAGUGGUAUCCAAUUUCCGCUCAACAAGUAG